AUGAAGACGCGUGGUUGGGUGGGCUCUACCCUGACGUUGUUGCAAAUAUUUCUUUCCUCCCACCGUGCGUGUUUUUUCGGGCAGGACCCUGGAACUCCGCCUCCGAAGCGCCAUAUCUUCCAGUGGUUGCAGAAGGACCUGAAGGCAAAAAUCGACGAGCUUUCUACCAAGGUCGGCAGGAGGAAGCACUUCCAGUAUGGACCGGACGAGAGGGACAUCCUUACGGGAUACAACUCGGAGAAAGUGGUGGUACUCGCCAACAGCCUGGACAAGUACUGGGACUGGCAGGUCGAGAUCGGGAAGCAUGGAGCGUUGCGGAGCUGGUAUCAGGGAACAACCCCGGAGAAAUCAGUGGCGAAGGGGAAGGGAGGGAAGACCUCAGCAGACCCGGAGAGGAAGCCGCACUUUCUGGUCCUCCUUGUCUGUCAUCUCGGGAACGACUCGACGUUCAACGGGUUCCUUAAGCUUUGUGAGCCUAAGACCCGCCACGACGUCAAAGAUCCUAGCAACAGCGACGCGGCGAAGUUCUACAUGGCUCUCGCGCGAGACAUGUUGGAUCUGGACUUCAAGGACGACCACGGCAACGAAAUCUCGAUUCCAGUGAGCCACUCCCACGACAAGCCCGAAGCACCCGAGGAGCUCCUCGAAAUCCUGGACAACAUCGAUUUCGACCUGGCGAAGCGAGAGCUGAACGGCAGGGUGGACGGGGACAUCAAACGCUUGGUGUCAGUCCUCCCGUUGUGGAUGAAGUUUAUCCAGGGUGAAACGAAGGAGUGUGUCCACAACCAGGAUCAGAGCGGCGGCUGGGGUGCGGACGAGGAAAAAGAAGAGGAGGGGACGGACAACGAGGGCGAGGGCGACGGGGAAGGGGGGGAGGGGUUUGCCGGGGCAAGGGAGAGCGCGGAACUCGGGGAGGAACGCCGCGUGCCAGCAAAACACUUCUGGCAGUUCUGCAGGGGUAGGCUGGCGGUGCAGUUGUACCACGACGUCUUGAAACUCAAGGGCGGUGGUAACGUGUCGAACGUCGGGGAUCUGAUCAUCCCUGAUGGGGGGACGGGGAUGGGGUCAAGCGUUCCGGGGGGGGCGGGUUGUCGCGGAAUAGAGGGCGAGGGUUUCGAUUCCCGCAAGGAGCUCGGGGCCGCAGAUAGUGCAGCGAAGUAGCGGCGCAAACAAAGCGCCUCUGACGCCACCCGUAGGAGGGCGAGCGAGGAUGCAAAGGUCGAGAUGAUGAAGGCGGCAGUAGACGCACUCGUGAAGAUUUCAAAAAUCGGAGGAAAAGGAGGCAGAAUCGCCUGCAGUACCCGACGUGGCUGCUCAGCUAACCCAGGCGACAAAAAAUGCCAUGAGCGCCCAAUCUGAAUUAGACGCUCUCCCUGACAACUGCCCUGCACUGGUGCGCCGCGCGGCAACGCUUGCUCUCUCGCUUCGGAACAACGAGUUGCAAACCCUUAUGGAAAAGCACGACCCGUCCCUCUAAGCACGCCGGAAGGCGUAGCCUGCUGCUCUCGGGAGCCUUUUUGUCGUUACACACUUUUUUUGUUACUGGGGGGGGGGGCGAUGUCUACCUCUCUAUUUCUCCGUGGGGAUCUUCAAAUUCUACGAGGGCGCCGUGUGAGUGAAAGUUGUACAGCUUCGGUGAGGGGCGAGUGUUCCUGCAAUUUGUUUUGUUGACGGCGUGAAAGUGGGGCUGUACUUGGCACCGAUUUAAUUUUUUGUUGUGGUCACAUGCUUCUCUUAUGAAGGAGGCUCCGCUCCGUAUUCUGCUAGCGUGCACUUGGCUCAGCCUGCGUGCAAUGGCGAUCGGGUUUAGUUUCAUUAAGACAUUUUUUUGUGGCGGGGUGAACCUGCUCCAACAUGGGAUAGUUUGAGUGAUUUUUUUCUGCAUCAUGGUUUGGUUUGCACGUUGUGCUUCUUCGACAGGGUGUCGAAGGUUUCGUUUUGCAUGCGGUUUAGCUUCCGUGUGAAGGGCGAGUGUUCCUGCAGUUUGUUUUGUUGACGGCGUGAAAGUGGGGCUGUACUUGGCACCGUUUCAUUUUUUUUGUUGUGGUCACAUGCUUUUUCCUAAGAAGGAGGCUCCGUAUUCUGCUAGCGUGCACUUGGCUCAGCCUGCGUGCAAUGGCGAUCGGGUUUAGUUUCAUUAAGACAUUUUUUUGUGGCGGGGUGAACCUGCUCCAACAUGGGAUAGUUUGAGUGAUUUUUUUCUGCAUCAUGGUUUGGUUUGCACGUUGUGCUUCUUCGACAGGGUGUCGAAGGUUUCGUUUUGCAUGCGGUUUAGCUUCCGUGUGAAGGGCGAGUGUUCCUGCAGUUUGUUUUGUUGACGGCGUGAAAGUGGGGCUGUACUUGGCACCGUUUCAUUUUUUUUGUUGUGGUCACAUGCUUUUUCCUAAGAAGGAGGCUCCGUAUUCUGCUAGCGUGCACUUGGCUCAGCCUGCGUGCAAUGGCGAUCGGGUUUAGUUUCAUUAAGACAUUUUUUUGUGGCGGGGUGAACCUGCUCCAACAUGGGAUAGUUUGAGUGAUUUUUUUCUGCACCAUGGUUUGGUUUGCACGUUGUGCUUCUUCGACAGGGUAUCGAAGGUUUCGUUUUGCAUGCGGUUUAGCUUCCGUGUGAAGGGCGAGUGUUCCUGCAGUUUGUUUUGUUGACGGCGUGAAAGUGGGGCUGUACUUGGCACCGUUUCAUUUUUUUUUUUGUGGUCACAUGCUUUUUCCUAAGAAGGAGGCUCCGCAUUCUGCUAGCGCGCACUUGGCUCAGCUUGCAUGCAAUGGCGAUCGGGUCUAGUUUCAUUCAUCAUUUGUUUUUGUGGCGGGGUGAACCUGCUCCACCAUGGGUACCAUAGGAUAGUUUUGAGUGAUUUUUUUGUUCACGAUACUAUGGUUUCGUACACCAUGCUAUGGUUUCAUUUCGCAUGCGGUUUAGCUUCCGUGAAGGGCGAGUGCUCCGGGACACGGAGCUUUUUUUUUUGUGAAGACAACAGUGGGGGUCGAGAGGGAGCGGUGGUUUUGAUGAGGGACGGCAUGUGGCGCAAGGGCGAGUUGAGAUUGCAUUCCUACGGGGUUCUGCGUUGUGUGUCUGGGGUUUGGGUGAGGGAUAGAAAGAGAGAAG